AGUAGGGUGACAAUAGAGCACAUAAUCUCCAUUUUAUUUAGAUAUAUCUUAUUUGUUAUUUCCUGACACACAAGCGCGCAACCACACUUCUGCUUCCUGAUAAUGCAGGGGCUGCAGAUGUUUUGUUGUUGUGGUUACAUUUAACGCAGCUAUGUUGCCCUUGUGUUGUCUCAGAACAACAGUGUCGAUAACACGCCGUGGUGUGUUUACAUGGCUUGUACCUUUAUCUGUCAAUCGCUAGGGGACCCUGCUUUGUGCGAUGCCUCGGAUCAGGCUCUGUAGUGUGUCUGUGAGCACAGUUGGGCAGCAGUCGUCGCCACUGUGCGUCGCUGAAGAUGUUGCAGCAGCAGCCUCUGACGGGCAACGGGCCCUCCAACGGCCGGGGACUCGGCAUGAGUGGCCACCCCGGGAUGCAUGCGCUGAACUCGGUUCACCAACCCUCGCAGCAUCGGUCCGACGGAGGGGACUCGGGCCUCGAGGGCGCUGAAAACGGACAUGAAACCCGCAGAGAUAUCGGCGACAUACUGCAACAAAUAAUGACCAUUACCGACCAAAGUUUGGACGAGGCACAAGCAAAGAAACAUGCACUCAACUGUCACCGAAUGAAACCUGCAUUAUUCAGCGUCCUGUGCGAGAUCAAGGAAAAAACCGGCCUGUCAAUGAGGAACGCCCAGGAGGAUGAGCCUCAGGAUCCCCAGCUGGUGCGACUGGACAACAUGCUGCUGGCGGAGGGCGUAGCGGGCCCGGAGAAGGGCGGCGGGGCUGCAGCUGCGGUGUCUGCUGCCACCAGCUCAGGAGGGAUGUCACCUGACAGCUCGCUCGAGCACUCCGACUACAAAAGCAAGUUGAGCCAGAUUCGCAGUAUCUACCACACUGAGCUGGAGAAGUAUGAGCAGGCAUGCACUGAGUUCACCACCCACGUGAUGAACCUGCUGAGGGAGCAGUCGCGUACACGGCCCGUGACUCCGCGGGAGAUUGAGCGAAUGGUGGGCAUUAUCCACCGCAAGUUCAGCACGAUCCAGACCCAGCUGAAGCAGAGCACUUGUGAGGCAGUCAUGAUCCUGAGGUCCCGCUUCCUCGAUGCCAGGCGCAAAAGGCGCAACUUCAGCAAACAGGCCACAGAGGUCCUGAAUGAGUAUUUCUACUCCCACCUGUCCAACCCUUACCCCAGCGAAGAAGCCAAAGAGGAACUCGCCAAACAGUGUGGAAUCACUGUCUCUCAGGUCUCCAACUGGUUUGGCAACAAGAGAAUCCGCUACAAGAAAAACAUUGGCAAGUUCCAAGAGGAGGCCAACCUUUAUGCCAUGAAGACAGCCUUAGGGGGCAGACAGGGCGACGAUUCCCCGCACACUCCCAACUCCACAGGGUCUGGGUCCUUCUCUCUGUCUGGAUCAGCUGACCUGUUCCUCGGGGUUCCACCUGUGAAUGGCGAGCACUCUGCUUACCAAAUGGGAGUGCAGGCUAACGGGAACUGGCAGGGUCGAAACUCGCCCCCGUCCGGCGCCUCGCCCCACACCGACCACUCGGAAAACUCUGACUGAGCCCACUGGCACAGAACGACAGCGACGGAAAGAUUGACGACGGAAAAGACAGAAAGAAUGAUAUCACACUUCCCACUUGGCUGCAGUUGUUUUUGUACGUUGUUUGUUUGGUUUGGUUAUUUUAAAAUGUACAUUUUUUUUUCUUUUCUAACCGCUCAGCGUGGGUCAUUAUUAUGUUUGUAUGAUCCGCUGAGUGCACGGAUGGAAGAGUGAAAAUGCGUGUGUGUGUCGUGUGCAUGCAGGUGUGGUUUUAUUAUCAUGGUUGUAGGGUUUGUUUUCCACUACUUUUGACAUGUUACUGAGGUGUGUGUUUGUGGUUGGGAAGGGGCGGGUGGGGACAGCAUUAUCAUUGUUUUAGCACACUAUAUCAUUAUUAUUAAUAUUAAUGCUGUUUUAUUAUUAGCGCUAUAACUAUUUUCAAUUUCACAGCUCAGAAAGAGAGAAUGCAUUUAGUGAAUGAGAGGACAAUAGAGAAAAAUCCAAAGAUUUUGUGUGUUUGUUUCUCUGUUUUGUUUGUUUUGUUGUUUUUUUUUCUACCGGGCUUAUGUGUCCCUGUAAAGUGAAUGAGGCGUGUGUGAGUCCAUAUCAGUGGUUUGAAUGAGUAUAUCAACAGUGCUGUCUUUUUUCUGUACAGUGAAACACCUGUAUUCUCUCUACCUCUUUUACAAUAAAGACUCUCUGUAUUCACAACCA